AUGUCCAGAUCAGAGCAAGACCACAACUUGACCGGCCGCCAGAGCAUCGUUCGGGCACCACAUGACCAGAAACCAACGCCCCGAGUACGAUCUUCCCGCAAGUCUGUUAAUCAGAGGUUUCGUGACGGCGGCGACGUGGACAACCUGAACAAGGCCAACAAACAGGCCGCCUUCAACGCCAAGUACCGACCGGAUGACGACGAGCUGUGCGCCUCGGAGAGGACCAGCCCGUAUGUAAUCGGAGAGGUCACAGUGAACAACAUAGGUGUGUUAUUCGGGGGCGUCACGUUUAAAAUAAUCAAGGGACACAUAUCAGACAACGACGAUGUUGUCAUGACGGAGAGUGAAAACAUAGAACCUACAAAGAUGAUGGGAAAUAGUUUCCGGGCUCGUGAGAAAAGUCCUGGGGAAGACCAGAGCAUUUGGUCUCGGAUCUUGCGAGAAACACAAGGCUAA